AUCUGAUCUUCUGCGUUAGCCUGCCGGCCUUGUCUACACCACCAUUGUUUCUCCCUCUUUUGCUCUAUUUUCUCAAAGCAUAAGUUGCACUUUUCUUAAUCUCAAACUCUAGUCUGCAAAUAUUCCAAUUUCUGCUUUUUUCCUCUCUCUGCUAAACCAAGCCAACCUAUUAUAUCUAUCUUACUUAGCUCUUCUACAACAUCGAUCACGUAAGUACUGUCCAUGCCUUUUGCUGCUGCAUCAAAGCUUUGAUCUCAUCUCCAAAUUGGGUUCGAUCUCAUAUUCUCAUCUCUGCUAAACCAAGCUAAGCCACCCCAUUAUAUCUAUCUUCAACAGUACAACAUCCAUCACUGCACGUACUGUCCAUGCCUUUUGCUGCCGCAUCAAAGCUUUGAUCUCAUCUGAUCUCCAAAUUGGCUUCCAUCUCAUAAUUAUUUGUUUCAAAAUCACAUCACAUCACUGGCUAUGGCUUUUGCGGCUGUAACAAUUUUAAUGGAUACGCUCCACCAACACUUCCUCCAACCCACUCCUCGUUUCCUUCUUCGCAACAAAACAAAGGUCACCUUACUUUACAAACAUCUUUCUUCUUUGCAAACCUGUCUUGAACAAGAUUUCAAAGUGGGGGAGUGUGAUGAAGCAAUGAAAGCUUUGGGAGCACAAAUGAGAGAUGUCUCCAUUGAACUAAGGUUCCAAAUUGAACACGAAUUGAGAUUGUUUUACCUGGGGAAAUCCAUGAAGCUUAGGCUUCACUCUGCUAAAAAGCUUCUUCCAAUCUUCAGUCGGGCAAAAGAAGACAUAGAAACUCUAUAUAGGGAUUUGAAUGAAGACGACAUAGAGACUAUGGAUUUGGAAUCUUUCGUGUUGAGGAUGGUAGAAAGUAUGGAUUUUAAUGACGACAUAGAAACGGAUUUGGAAUCUUUAGUGGUAGAGUUUGCAGGGAAGCACGUGACGCUGCCGGUAUCCAAGAAGUUUAGGCUUCGCUGGGCUCAAGAGUUUUUUCACACUUUGAAGGGAGUAUUUAAAGGUGGCGAUUUGAAAUAUGCGAUGGAGAUGCUGUGGAAGCACUUCACGCUGCCGGUAUCAGGCAUGCCGCCUCAUAUAAACAAAAGGAUCAAAUCUUUUUGCGCACACUAUGUCUUUCUCUUUUGUGAUAAUGAAGAGAGGGAGGAUGAACAGGGGAUCGAGGAUGAACAGGAGAGCGGGGAUGAAAAGGAGAGCGAGGAUAAAGAGGAGACUGAGGAUGAAUGGGAGAACAAGGAAGAACAAAAGAGUGAUGAUGAACAAAGGAGCAAGGAUGAACAUGAGGAGAGUGAUGAUGAACAGGGGAGCCAGAAUGAACAGGAGGAGGAGGAGGAGGAGAGUGAUGAUGAAUGUGAAACUGAGGUGAUACAGCCUAUUUUGAGUGAAGCAGAAAGUAUAAUCAGGAAAGAAUUGAGAGCCCCCUCUUAUCUCAAUAAAUACAUGAAGCAACGGAUACAAGCUCGACAUAAGAUUCAUCAAAUUUUCAUGCAAGGAAUUAAGCUUACAUCCUACAUCAAGAAAGAGGUGUUGAAGGUUAAGAAUGCAUACUACAAUCAAUCCAAUACCCCACAAGGGAACAAUACUAAUUCUGCUUCUCUUAGAGGGCCAGAAGGGGAGAACAUUACAGUUGGUGAUUCGUUGCAGCAUACUACAAUAGAAAUGGUGGGCUAUGAUGAUGAGUUCAACAUGAUAAUGGAUAAGCUGAACCAGCAAUCCAAGCAACGAGAAAUUGUGUCAAUUGUGGGAAUGGGUGGAAUCAGUAAAACCACCUUAGCUAAAAGAAUUUAUAGAGAUGCUUCAUUCAUUUCUCGCUUUGAUUGUCGAGCUUGGGUUACUAUCUCACAGGUGUAUAAUCAAACAAAAGUGUUCAAAGCCCUUCUUCGUUCUCUUGCUCCAAGGGCCCAUGAAGAAAACAAUGAAGCUGGCAACAACGAAUUGGCUGAGGUAGUUUACAAAUGUCUAAAACGUCAAAGGUAUUUCAUCAUAAUUGAUGACAUAUGGAGUACAGAUGUUUGGUGUGAUUUGCAGAAAUGUUUCCCAGAUGAUAACAAUGGAAGUCGAAUGUUGUUGACCACUCGACUAAAAAAUGUGGCUGAUUAUGCUGGUUCAGGUGGUAAUCUUUGUCAUACCAUGCGUUUUUUGGAUUCAUAUGAAAGUUGGAACCUUUUUCACAACCAGGUGUUGCACAAGAGAAUAACUUUGUCCCCUGAAUUUGAAAGAAUUGGUAGAGAAGUAGUAAAGAAGUGCAAAGGAUUACCUCUUGCCAUUAAUGUGGUUGCUGGACUCCUCCUCUCAAGCCCCAAACAAGACUUAAAUGAAUGGGAGCUAAUUGCAAAAAAUGUUCAUACAUUAAGUAUAGAUCAUUCUAAUCAGCAGGGUGAAAACAUCAUUGACCUGAGUUACAAAUUCUUACCUCAUCAUCUUAAACAUUGUUUCUUGUCAAUUGGGCUUUAUCCGGAAGACACUGAAUUUCCUGAACAAUUUAUUGUUGAUUUUUGGGUUUCGGAGGGAUUUCUAAAGGUUUUGAGCUCUAAGAGCUUGGAAGAUGUGGCAAGAGAAUCCUUACAAGAUCUUGUAGAUAGGAAUCUUCUUAUAGUUUCUACAAAGAUGAAUGAGAAUGGAUCAUCUAAAGAAUAUCAAAUGCAUGAUAUGUUGCGUGAAUUGGCCUUGAGAGAAGCUCAGAAGGAGAAUCUGUUAUGUCCCAAAAGUGAUAGCUCUAUCCUUAGUGUGGGGUUUAGGAGAACUCAACUAAUAAAUUUUUCUCGCAUAUCUCACCCAUGGAGUAUUCAAUCAAAAUUUUGCCGUUACAACUCUUUAUCUCAUACCUGCACCACCUUUUUAAUUAGUUCGGAUGUAUCCACUCACGGCUACAUUAAGCAGUUUCAUUUUCAUUUUAAGUUUUUAAGGGGAUUGGUUCUAGAAAAUGAAUACUACGAUACCGCUGAUGCCUUUGCGGUUUCAGAGUUAAUGGGUCUAGUGCAUUUGAGAUUUCUAAGAAGUUAUUUUGCUUUGAAACUUAAUACUCUACCCUUGUUCAUGUUAUGGAAUUUGCAGAGGCUAGAAUUUGAUGACGAUUAUUCACAAAAUGAACCCCUUAAUAUUUGGGGAUUGCCCCAACUAAAGAAGAUCAUCACUCAUCGGGGAAACAUUAGACUGGUUCCUCCAAGAUCAGUUCAUCAUAAUUUGGAGAGCAUUGCAUUUUUGGAUUAUAGGAGUUGUACAAAGGAGUUGUUUAUGAGAAUCCCAAAUCUAAGGAUAUUGGGAGUUGAUGAAGAUUUUAAAAUUAACCUGAAACGCAAAGUAUUCCAUUGGUUUGGAAGCCUUGCCUGUUUAUAUAAAUUGGAAUAUCUAAAUGUUCGUGGCAAUCUUUUUAAUCCCAAGUGUACUACUAUUCAUUCUAUGGGGACUUUGAGCAUAGAGAAUGUUUUGCCAAAUCUUAAGACAUUGAAACUCCUCAAUACACACUUAAAUUGGGAGAGUCUGUAUAUUGUUGGGAUGUUGCCGAAGCUUGAGGUCCUCAUCUUGGCACGAAAUGCUACUUUUGGCAAAAAAUGGAAACUCAAAGAUGGAGGGUUUCAUGGAUUAAAGUUGUUAAGCAUAUAUGAUUGUGAUCUACAAAUUUGGAAAGCUACAAGUGGCCAUUUUCCUGUCCUUGAAUGUCUAGUCCUCAUGCACAUGUCUUCUUUAAAAAAGAUUCCUAGUGACUUUGCAGAUAUAGCUACUCUCAAAUCAAUCAAGUUAUAUAAUUGUUUAAAGUCAGCUAUAUCUUCUGUCAAGUGUAUUCAAGAAGAGCAACGAGAGUAUGGAAACAAUGAUUUUUCUGUUGAUAUUUUACGGAGUGAUGACUUUUAUGAUGAUUAUUAUUUUUAAAGUUGUUGCACGUUCCAGUAAAGAUCAUUUUACGUUGGUUGAGAAUGCGUAGAAAUAGUAAGAUGGUUCCCAGAGAUUUUAGCAUCACAUCAAAUUAUGGUUUUUAAGGUGGAUGUUGUUGGUAUAUAUGACGACUUGUAUGAAUAUUUUUGUGGAGGCCAGUAAAGAUCAUUUUCCCUCUUGCUUGACAGUGUCUAGAACUAAGUUGGGUAUCACUUCAGAUCUGCUGGAGGCCAUCAAAUGUUAAAUCCUUGAGGUUUGCAGAUGAGAGGAAGCAUAUAUAAUUCCACAAAAACUAUGCAGAUCGAGGUUACCUCCAUUCUCACAUUCUUAUUUCUUAUGUCUUUAUGAGUUCAACAGAAGCUCUGAUCUGCCGGCCUCCUGGAGGUUCUGAGCUGAUAAGAUGCGAAAAUGGGAAAAAUUGAGAGCAUUUUGGAGGUGAAUAUAAUGGAAGGAUUUGGGACGCUGGUCUGGUGCAAGCAAGCACUGCACCAGGGCAUGCAAAUCAAGAUUCAACGAAGACGGGUAGCAUGUGAGCGACCUCGCAACUUGAGCUGGAAUGGCGAGACUUGUGCAGUUAUUUGUUUAUUUUCUUUUAACGAGGUUUUCUCCUAAUCCUGUGAUCCUAGCCGGCAAAGGACAAACCAGCCUAGGUUACCCAUAGCUGACCGGCUCCAAACCUAGGGGUUUGUUCAUUUUUGCUAUAUAUGUUGGAGGUUUUAAGCUGAUAAGUUGCGGAAUGAAGCAAAUUGAGAGCACUUUGGACGUGAAUGGAAGGAUUUGGGACGCUAGCGUAUGCACGAGGGCUAAUCAAGAUUCAAUGAAGGCGACAACACCAAAGUCACAAUUAAAUCUUAAGAUCACAAAUCAAAAUGAGGUUCUCAUACAUAUUGUGAUCUAAGAUAUUGGGAAGCCACUAGUUGUCAUAUCUGAUCUGAUCUGAUUAGAGAAACACCUUUGUAGUGCAAAUUACUGUGUGUUUAUGAUGAUGAGCAAUUAGGCAUUUGUUUGCACAUACAAACCCAUUAAUUACUUUGCAGAAAGUGCUUCUUCAGAUUUUGUUAGCCAAUGAAUAGUGCAGUGGAAUUCAUUCUACUAUUGCUCACUACUUUAUAUUAUUGUUUGUAUUAGUGGGCUGGGCGUUGCAAUUCAAACAAUUUUUUACCGAU